AUGCCACUUGGGUUCUAUGUGGAAACUCCAGACGGUCGUCGUAAGUCUGUGACACUACCAACACAUUUCAGUCUCGAUGAUUUUCGUAACAUAAUUGAAAAGAAAGUUGGUAAUCCGGAACAUUACGAUUACUCACUUGGUGAUGUCAUUUUUCGUACGUGGGACGAGGAAGCGUUCAAUCGACAACGAAGUGCCAUUCAUGAUGGUAUAACUCUUAUGAUACAAUAUCCACCAGUUGGACCAACGAGUCCACCUUGGCGUCAAGCAGCUGCUGGCUUAUGUCUGGAAGGAGUUUGUUUAAAUGUACAAUGUGAAGCUUUCGAACACAAAGUUAUUAUGAAUCAGGGAGUGGGAACAUAUGCUGUUGUUCAUAACUCAAUCGUUAGUACAUCGAAAUGUCCGCUAUGCAAAUCGACGGUCCAUCCAACGGUCUGUGCUUUUUAUCAAUGCUCAUGGCGAGUAUCAGGCGUGAAGUCUGCCGAUACAACAGACAAUAUAUCUACUACGAAAAGUCUUACUUGGCAAAAUGCAACACAUGACUANGAACACAAAGUUAUUAUGAAUCAGGGAGUGGGAACAUAUGCUGUUGUUCAUAACUCAAUCGUUAGUACAUCGAAAUGUCCGCUAUGCAAAUCGACGGUCCAUCCAACGGUCUGUGCUUUUUAUCAAUGCUCAUGGCGAGUAUCAGGCGUGAAGUCUGCCGAUACAACAGACAAUAUAUCUACUACGAAAAGUCUUACUUGGCAAAAUGCAACACAUGACUAUCAUCGAUGGGAAGAGAAUUUGACAGCUUGGAAACAGUUAUCAGUCGAAACAAGAACAUAA